AUGAGUAAUGUAACAGUUUUCACGAUUCUCCCAGCCAUCAGUGCGUGGUCGCUGUGGUCGCCGUGGUCCCAGUGUAUGGAAACGUGCGGACACCCAACCAACACACGGGUCCGGGUCUGCACACACCCGGAGAGCGGUAUGAGGUGUGACGGGCCCUCCGUGGAACAAGGGACCUGUACGGGACUUCCGCCGUGUCCAGUGAACGGAGAGUGGACGGUGUGGUCUCCCUGGGCGCCCUGCACCGCGCCCUGCGGGGGCACCAGGCAGCGGGCCCGCACGUGCGACAACCCCGCCCCGGCGCACGGCGGCCGCUUCUGCGAGGGAAACCUCUACCAGAGCGAGAUGUGCAAGCAACGACCAGCAUGUGCAGUUGAUGGUGGCUGGACACAGUGGGGUGCUUGGUCAGCUUGUUCCGUGACAUGUUCGGUGGGAAGGAGAGUCCGAAGACGGUCGUGCACCAACCCCGCACCCCGGUACAGCGGGCGGCAAUGUGCAGGUGCCGACGCAGAGCAGCAGAAGUGCGGGGAACACAACCCGGAGUGUUACGGGGCCGAUAAGGAGUCCCUCGGAGCUGUUAACAGUGUGUGGGGAGAGUGGAGUGAGUGGAGUGAGUGUAGCAACACGUGUGGUGUCGGCAAGAGGUACCGCCGGCGACAGUGCGGUAGACGCGACGGACAGGCUUGUUCCGGAGAGAGUGUAGAGCAGCAGCCCUGUAUGGUGGAGGCCUGCACAGCUGAAGUUGAAAAGGUCGGACAACACACAGGUCAUCAACACAGAUGGCAAGAAGGAGCCCAAACGAGGAGGCAUCCAUAGCGAUGUAUAUAGUAACAAUAACUGUUAUUUUAGUAAGCCAUUAACUUUAUGUAUGAGAAGUACAUGCACAUUUGAUUUUUACAUUUCCCUAGAGGAGAAAAAUACUUGUGCUUUUUGCUGAUAUAUGCAACUAGUUACUUUUCAUAAAAUUACUAUGAAUGUCAUAGUUGUAAUAAAACUCAAAACUGCAAAAUGUUUUAAUGCAAAUGAUCGUAAUUUCUUACCCUCUCACUCAAAUUUGGGUCAGCAUAUGUCAUAGAACACCCAUAGGACAUAGUUCACGUGGCCUUAUGACCUGGUUAGUCAACUUUUUAUCGUUUUGGACCUGGGGCCUACACAAUAAACCUUGGGGGGCUCUGCUAAAUGGUAAAUGGUCUGAGGUUUCCACUUUUGUGGGCACUGCCUCUGACAAGCUGUCAAUCAAUCAUAAAAAAACAUUCACUUAAAAUUCAUUUACAUGAUUGUCUGACAGCUGGUUAGAGGACAUACCCACAAAAGAGGACACUUUCGCGCAGCAAGGGAGAAUGAGGAAAAUAAUGACAACUCGGAAGAUAAAAUACCUAGAGUUUAUCUUCUGUGAAUGGAGAAAUCUAAUACAUAAUCUGAAUAAAACAGUACAUACUGAAGACAGCAAUUUUUUGUAUAAUUAACUUUUAAUAUGGCAUCUGUCAGUUUUCAUGAUGCAAAAUAAAUUUAGCUUUGCUUCUCUUAGCAUUUUUUGUCUAUAUACAUAAAUGUAUAUACAGACAGUGUA